UAACCAUGGCGAAAGCGAACUUCUUCUAUGAGAUAUUCCUAUUGCUGCUUCUCUGUAUUUCUGUUUCAAGAACAGAAGAGGAAGUUAAAAGAAUUUCAUUUGAUUAUUACCAAUGCAAUAGGAAGACUUACAUUGAUGUGACGAAAACCAAGUUUGAAGUAAACACACUGAGUCAGUCAACUGUCCUAUAUAGGGCCACGAGUUGUAACCUGACUUUUAAAACAGAAGAUGGAGAUAUCUGUAUGGACAUUAAGAACAUUAACAUAGAAGACUGCUAUGUCAAGUUAAAUGUUUUUACUGACAAUACGAGUGGACCGAAGGAGGUGUUCUCAUGCAACCCAUCACCAACAGAUUUCAUCUGCAGCCAAAGAAAACUUUUGAGAAUAGAAUUAGUUCGGAAAAAUCUGGAUGUCUAUAAUUAUGACUUCACAUUAAUUGUGAUGAGAAAGGAUGUUAUCCAACUAAGAAAAACAGAUGUCAUUUCAGAUGGCCCGAUGAAAACCAUCAUUAUAACAAUAGUCGUUAUAAUAAUUAUAAUCAUCGCGAUCGUAAUUGCUGUAUGUUAUUGCUCUAAAUGUUCCAAAGAGAAAAGAACUGUUAAUGGUACAGUUCUUCCAGUACAACAGAUCAACCACGAACAAAUUAGACCUUCAGCGCCACCUGCAAAUGAGGUUUAUGGUCCCCCAUAUUUUGAAGAUCCUUCAAUGUGUACUAUGCUACCAAAAGAAGACCCUCCACCUUAUUCUGAACAUUCUUGAAGACUAUGCAUAUAUGUUUGUGCGCCUUCUCCUCUGGCGAAAGGAUCUUUUAACACAACACAAAGACUACAGAUUCACAUUUACGAUGUUCCUUUUGCGUUUUGGGUGACUGAGUAAGGCAUUGAGAUAUAACAAAGAGGACAGGGAUGAGGAUGAUGAGGAUGAUGAUAACAAGCAGGAAGAAAUUGUAACUUGAAGAACAAUGGAGAUAACUGGGAUAUACUCUGAAAGACGAUGCGAAUGGGAUGUGUACAAGGAAUUCAUUUGGUGUUCACAGUUAUUAUAACAAGGCUGUGCUGAGACUUCACGGAGAACAAUGUCUAAAUCUAUCUAUCCAGCUAUCCGUCUAUCUACCUACCUACCUACCUACCUACCUACCUACCUACCUACCUAUCUAUCUAUCUAUCUAUCUAUCUAUCUAUCUAUCUAUCCACACAAUUUUCUCCCUAUCUAUAAACACAAA